CCUUCCCAGGAAGUUAUCCGUGACGCCUCUUCAGACACCUUCGUCAUUCAGGAAAACUUAAGAGCAGAAUAUAAUUCCAAUAUAGUUGGAUACAUGAUGGCUCUUUUCCAAGUAUCUGGUUUUAAGUCUUAUGCUGAACUCCGUGAGCAGAUUCUUCCAGCCAGACAGACGCAUCUCUUGGACCGAACCAACCACUACAACUUCGGGACCAGAACUCAGGAAUUUGCUGUCCCUCUGGGUGUAGACCCUUCAGGGUUUCUCAGAACCUGUAACCGUGAUGGUGGUGUGAGUAUAGACCUGAACCACGGGACGACCACCCUGGCCUUCAAGUUCAAACAUGGAGUCAUUGUGGCUGUGGACUCCAGAGCCUCAGCAGGCCGUUACUUGGCAUCCAACGACGUCAACAAGGUGAUAGAGAUCAACCCCUACCUGCUGGGCACCAUGUCGGGCAGCGCUGCAGACUGCCAGUACUGGGAGAGACUCCUGGCCAAAGAAUGCAGGCUCUACAGGCUGAGGAGCAACCACAGGAUCUCUGUGGCUGCUGCCUCCAAGCUGCUGUGCAACAUGAUGCUGGGCUACAGAGGCAUGGGCCUCUCUAUGGGAAGCAUGAUCUGUGGAUGGGACAAAGAGGGUCCCGGUCUGUACUACGUGGACGACCAAGGGACGCGUCUGUCCGGCCGCAUGUUCUCUACCGGCUGUGGGAGCAGCUACGCCUACGGCGUGGUGGACAGCGGCUACAGGGAGGACAUGACGGUGGACGAGGCGUAUGAGCUGGGCCGCCGGGGCAUCGCUCACGCCACACACAGGGACGCCUACUCUGGAGGGGCGGUCAACAUGUACCACAUGCAGCAGGACGGCUGGAUAAAGGUGUGUAAGGAUGACGUCUCCGAGCUGAUCCACCGCUACAGGAAGGGAAUGUUCUGAAUGCUCAGCACUCUGAACACACUGAUGAUGCGUUUCUUUCCAGAAGCUUCUUUGUGCACUUUUCUAGUAGUGAUUUUGGAGAUGAUCCCACUGAUGUCUCACAGCAGAGAAAUGCUCUCCAAACGUUUCUUUCCUUCCACAUGAACCUGAAGUCUACAGAACCAAAGUGUCACUAAACUGCUGAGCUCAUUGUGUGCUGUUUGUUGCUAGUGAUGUAAUGCAGGUGCUGUGUGUGUUGGUUCUCACAUGCUUCUGUGUACUAGUGUGUUCUUUGUGUUGACCACACAUGCUGUUUAAAAUACUUUCACCAACACAACACAACAAUCCCAAAUACAGCCCUGCUGUCCUGUGAUGAUUGACAUGAACCAACCAAGAGGGAAAUUGAGUCAGUGGGUCACAUGUUGAUGAAAAU